CGACGAUUAAUGAGAGUGCACCACAACUACACUACGGUUCGACGCAGAGGAGAUAAAUUCCCGAUUUCGACAAUUUUGAGUUUCCCUCCAUUCUUUUCCCCUUUCUCUACAUUUCCACGCUCAUCUAUUUUUUCUCGCAAGUUGGGCUGAAUCCGACCAAGCCAAGCGCUGCCGAGAAAAUUUUCACAGGCGAUAAUUUCAGAGAAAUUUGCUCACCACACCAGCGAAACUCCUGCUUCGAUCCCUCAGUUCAAAUGCGAAUAUAUCUGUGAGUUUGUGUUUCAAUUCCAAUUUUUCCUCCUACUCUAGGGUUCUCUCGCCGACCGCCUACUUGAUGCGCCGGAUCCGUUUUCUCGUUCUUGAUUUGCCGCCUCGUGGUUUAGUGUCGUUAACCCCAUGCUGAAUUGUUAUCCUCCCCGAUGAAUUUCAGGCUGCAGCUGAAAUUGAACUAGAGUUUCUUCUCCCAAGUUCUAUUGAUUUGGCUUUGUAUCCAACGCUCGGAAUUCGAUAGUGGAAACUCACUAUAGAGUAGUAAUUUUGGUUCGGGAAGAGAGCUAAGUGAGUUCUUGAUUCUGGGUAUUAGGCUCGCGUGAAAUGUGCGUACCCAUAGUUCAAAUCUCAAAGGUGUGAAGAAGGUGUGGCUUGCAGGAAACAGCGAGACUUCGAGGGGAGAAAGAGUAGUAACAAAUGGGGGAUUACUAUGACAUUGAUGACAUUCUUGCCGAGGAAGAUUUCGUGCCAGUUCAGUUCCUCAAGGCGGUGAAUGGGGUGAAAAUUGAUGAAAGUUCGGAAAGAGGCUUUGUUGAACAAGAUUCAAAGGCAGAGCUGCCGUUUUGGCUAGCGCGGGGUUUACACUUGCAACAAGCCAUAUCAAUCAAAGUUCCUGCUUGUUUCAAUAGAAAUACGAGGCUAGAAAUCGAGGCUGAUGCUGGAUCUGUUGAUUUAAGAUCUCGCUGCUCGUACUUCUACGAAUUUGGGUGUAAAGUAGCACCAUUUUGCGACAAGAGCAUUGGACUAUUGGUGUCAUACACGUUCAAAGCCCGGUACAAGGAGGUUCUGUACAAGGCACACACAAAAGCAUUUGCAGCAGCAUCCAAAGUCAUGAACUUCCUAACCAAAGAAGAAACCAAUUUGUAUGAAGCAGCUCAAUCCUCCAUGGCUGCCUUUAGGAAAUGGAGAAUGGGCGGUCCUAGAUUGCAGAGAGCUUCAAUUCUAGGAAGGAAAAGAAAACCACCUGAGUAGAAAGAUUGUGCAGAACUCCGAUUUUGUGGUGAAAUCCUCGUCAGUAAAGUAAUGCUGUUGUAGCAUGCCACAGGCCUGACAGUGUCGAAGCAGGCAGGUGAUCUCCAAUGUCCAUACAUAGCUGAUGGAUGCUUGAUAGGACCAUAACAAUAGUUCUACAUCAAUUUAUGAUCCUGGUUAGUGUUUAUUUGUACUACAUUCAAUCAGAACUCAUGAAUAAAUGUCCAGAGUUUCU